AUGAAUUCAAUCGAGUUUUAUAUUUCGUGUCAUAUAUUCAAAGAAGUCUUAGAAUGCGUUCAAUAUUUACAUGAUUUAAAACCUCCGGUCAUUCAUAAAGACCUUCACUCCGGAAAUAUAUUACUGGCCAGAAAUGUAAGGAAUGGUAGGUUUUUCAAAGUGGCUGACUUUGGGUCGGCUACUAUUCGCAAAUCUAUAUCAAACGUAAGUAACCCGACUCAUGAGGCACCGGAAGUACGUAGGGGUGAGUCAAAUGACCCCAAGAGUGAUGUUUACAGUCUGGCCAUAACUACAGAAGAGAUAUUUAGCUUUGAUUUGGAGGACACAUUAGAAAGUAGUUCACAGAAGUAUUCAUCGAAUAAUGAAGUGUUAAACAAAUGUGUCUUUCAUUUAAAACAAACGUGCGGAUUGCGGAUCAGCUACUACUCGACCGAUGACACGCACCACUACUUCGUGGCUAUCGGGGCUGUGUGUCUGGUCAUCACGCUUGACAACACCAAUGAGCACCUCCUCCACCUCAUAUUCUUCGGCGGACUAUCUCUACACACGUCUGAGGAGUGCUUCAGACAACUGGUGAUUAGAUGCCGUCAUUUGGAUGUCAUUAAGUGUUCAAAGAGUUGGGAUCUAAUGGUCGGGUCAACAGUUAUGAUAGCUUUCUGUUCAGAGGAGACAAUUCGUGGCAAACGGGUCACCACUUGUGAAAUAUCGAACCCAAUCCUAAACAUCUAUUAG